AUGAAAAGAUUUUUGAAGCGCGGGACUAUGUUUGGAAUCUUAAAAAAGGUUCGUGAUGUGGCAACGAUGCAAAAUUGCGAAGCGGUGGUGAAUGCGUGUGGCACAGGGCUGUUGCUGCUGUUCUUUCAUCGAAACCAGAAAAGGUUCAAAUUUGUUUCGAAAUACUUCCAAAUUGAGCAAUAUUGUCAAGUCAUUACUGCAGGAUACCGUGCAGAACUAUCGGACAGUUUAGUGGAAGCCAUAGAUGCUUCGAAGUUGAAAACCUUCGAAAAAUGUGAUAAUUCUUACACGUUUGCACUAUAUGUAGAUAAACCAAAGGGUGGGACAUGUUACGUUGUUUAUUUGCCGAGAUCGUUGAAGAUUUGGCGCACGCAGGAACGUCACCAAGCAGAAUUGCUAAGAAAUCAGUUGAACAGUCUAAAACUACUUGUUAAUAUUCUAGAAAAAAUAAGUUCUAAGUUUUUCGAGGCUGAGAUGGAACAGUUGAGAGAUUCGGUGAUCAAAAAUCCCAGUUUUAAUGAUAUACAUUAUGCAGCUGCUUGUAAUUUCCUGAGAGUUAUCGCUGGAUUGUGCAAGAAUCGUCCAAGCAUUGUUAAUGAUGUAUCCAUUGAUGGCUAUUAUCCACUGCACAUAGCAGUAGAGAAUGAUGCUAAACAAGCUGUACAAGUACUACUGAGUUUAGGUGCUCAUACUGCAAAACAGGAUUGUCAUUCCAGAAAUGCUGUGCACUAUGGUGCGGGGAAUAAUCCAGAAGUACUGAAGUUGUUAGCUGGGGCUCACGAUUUCUUGGACGCUAUUGAUGUAAUUGACAAAGAUGGCUUGUCACCACUUUGUCAUGCUAUUCGUUUAGCCAAAGCAAAAUGUGUGGAAGUGUUGUUGGAUGCAAACUGUUCAAACUGGUCCUUUCCCAGGUGGUUCUUUGUCGGCCAUGGUUUCUAUGGUUGCUUUAUCACCAGAUUUACCGAGAUAGUCGAUUUAUUAUUAAUACGAGCUCCACAGUUUUUAGUCGAAGAGAUCGAUGGUUCAUCGACUAUACUCCAUGAAAAAUUGGAAUCAAAAUUGUUACACCAUAUUCUGGGAGAUCUUAGGAAUGUCGUUAAUAUAAAUGUUCGAAAUAAUUUGGGUCAAACACCGCUAUACUGUGCUGUAGCACGAAAUUUGUCACAAAGUUUUACGCUGCUGACUUAUGGUGCUGAUUUAAAUAUUGCAAACUAUGACGGGAAUACCCCGUUACAUGUAUCUUCCAAGAAUGGGGACGUUGAUCUUGUGAAGCUGUUGUUAUGUUUUGGAGCAUUAGUAGAAGAAUGGUCGUGGAGAAACAGCUUUGGAUGUUGGCAGAAACAAGUGCUUUUUUUUUUUUGA